AUGCUAACCGUCAGUCCCAUCACAUUGGGAUGUUGGCUCCAGGACAUCGUCAUACCUCCCACGCUCUGUGACAGCGCCAUGGCAGCUGCAACUGCCGGCUCAGAAUCUCAGCCCCUCUGUCUGGAAAACUCCUCCCGGGGGUCCCUCCUUCCCUGCCAUCAGCAGCUUCACCCACCAGGAUUUCAGUCCCUCCUUCCCAAGGUCACGGGCUACAGCAGCCCCAUUGUGAUCCUUCAGGAUAUGCCCAAACAGCCUGAAUUGCAGUCCUCCAUCAGAUACAAACCAAAGAGCACCAGAAUCAUCACCAGGGACCUUAUCCGGAGCCUUGUCAUUCCCCAAGAGAGGCCCAAACCAUCUCUCAUCGUUGGAGAAAAGGAAUACGAGAGGAUCAAGGAAUCAGCUCGAGCCCCGACUGAGGUGGAGCACUGGGACAGGCUGAAGACCCUGAGAGCCAGACAGGAGGCAGCUUUUGAAGCCCUGAAAAAGGCCCAGAUUGAGGAGCAGAGAAAGGCAGAACUGGAAGACAAGAGGGACCAUCGGAGAGAUGUGGAGGAGGUGCUGCAGCAGGAGGAGCAGAAGCUGCUGCAGCGGGCGGCAAGGAUGAGGUUGGAGCAGGAGGAAGACGUGCGGGAACUGAACGCGCUGUUCCUCAAUGCCAAGUGCAACAUGAUCCGGGACAAGCAAGUCCUGGAGAAGCGGAUGAUCCACAAGGAACUGGUGGAGGAGGAGAAGCGCCUGGACAAAAUGAUGGAAAUGGAGCGGGAGAAGGGCAUGGAGGUCCAGGAGGAGCUGGAGCGCCAGAGGAAGCAGGAGCUGAUAAGAGCCCGGCAUGACAUUGUGAAACAGAUGGAGCAGAGGGCAGAGGAGCAGGCAUUGAGGGCUGAGGAGCUGUACCAGGAGGGCCAGAGGCAGCUGGAGCGACUGGAGCAGAUGAAGAGGGAGGAUCGGAAGGCCUGGGAGCAGAAACAGGAGCGAUUAAAGCAAAUCCAUGCAGAUAUUAAACGUUUCAACGUGGAGAGCCAGAGGCUGAAGGAUCAACAGUGGGAACAGGACAGGCUGGAGGACGAGCAAGUGCUGAAGCAGCAGCGGCAGAAGGCUGAGCGCGAGGCUGCCUUGGAGGCAAAGCAGCAACAACUGCGCCUGGAGAAGGAAAAGGAGCUGGCCCAGCUCAGGGUCACACAGCAGCGGGCCCAGGACUGGCAGGCAGAGCAGGAUGCUCUGAGGGCCAAGAGGAACCAAGAGGUCGCAGACCGGGAAUGGCGGCGGCGGGAGCUGGAGAAGGCACGGAAGAAGGCUGAGCUGGCGCAGCAGCUGAAGCAGGACUGGCUGGAGCAGGUGGCCCAGAAGGAGCAGUACCUGGCCAUGCAGGUGGAGCAGGACCGCCAGGAAUUCCAGAGGGUGCUCAGGGCCCAUCAGGAGCAGCUGGAGCGGGAGAAGCUGGAGUGGGAGCAGAGAGAGCUCCGGCAGCGUGCCCAUGCUGAAUAUCUCCGGCAGCAGAUCCAGGAGCUGCAGCAGCAGCGGCAGCGGGAGCGGGCGGCCCUCAUUGCCGAGGGCCGGCAGCAGCAGCAGGAGGUCCGGCAGCGCAGCCAGCGCCUCGCCCAGUUCAGGCAGCAGAAGCUGCAGGAGUUCAGAGCCACUGGAAUGCCUGAAAAGUACUGUGCCCAGGUGGAGCACAAAGCCGACAGCUGA